CUAAUCAUAACGAAUUCAAGUUAUGCAUUUCCUAAACCUAUGGGUAGAAAAUCAAAAAUGGUAUCUAUGAGUAAAUUUGUUGAUAUUCCUCCAGAAGAAAGAAUGAGUAAUACAACAGGAACUUUUGCUGACGAUAAUAAUUUCAGUGCUAUUGGACUCUUAAGAUUUGUAAAACCAGAUGGAUCAACUGAUUAUUGUACCGCCACUGUAAUUAGAACUAAUAACGGAAAUAUAGCAAUUACCGCUGCACAUUGUAUUUGGGAUAUUAUCGAUGAGAAUUGGAAUACUGAUUUCUAUUUCUUUCCUGGGUACAACAAUGGAAAUCCAGGUAGUCUUGGAGCAGUUAGGGCUCAUACAUUUAGUAUAUGGUCAGAUUUUACGAAGGAUGAAACACUGUAUGACUAUGGCUUUAUAAAGUUUUAUUAUCAAGAUGGAAGAAAAUUACAAGAUGAUACUGGAGCAUUCGAUUGUGACUUUAAUGUACCUCCUGGAGAAUAUCAAACAACUGUAUUUGGUUAUCCAUAUAAUUCUGGUGAAAUGGACUGCCCCAGAGAUGGACAACACCUUUGUGAGUGGCAAGGAAAUUCAUUUGAGUUUCCAAAUAAUCUUCCAAAUUACCAGUGGCAUAGGGGUAUAUCUAUAGAUGUUGGUUCUGGCUCAAGUGGGGGUCCUUGGAUAAGAAAUUAUGAUCCAAAUACUAAUGGAGGCAAUAUAGCGGGUAUCUCGCAUGGUUGGUUACCUGCACCUUAUCCUAAAGAAGGUACCACCUCUUGGGCAUGGCUAAAUGAUGAUUUUUCACUUCUAUUGCAGGAUGCUGAAAAUUAUAAUCCCCCUAUGAACAAUUUUUAGAAAAAUUGGUCAGUUUUUUGGUAAAAGUUUAAUGUUACUAGAGAUAGAUCCCAUCAAUGUUAAAUGAAAUUAGUCAAAAUUUUUCAUAAUCUAAAU